GUAAAAAUACCGAGUAUACUUGUAUAUACAUACCUACGACAUACAAGCUGGACACCCUAGUCGAUAAAAUGAGAUUAUUUCUUUUGUUUGGUUGUGCGUUUAUAGGGUUUGGCAGCGGAGAAAUAACAAUUGAUGUAAAUUAUCACGAAAACAUAGGCAUAAAAGAAGCAGCGCGAAUCAAGCAGGCAGAACAAGCGAUUGAUUUUGAUGGCGGCAAGAUCACUGGUGGCUGGAACGCUGCAUUGGGCGAUCAUCCUCACUUGGGUGGCUUAGUAAUUGCUCUAACAUCGGGAGCGACCUCAGUAUGCGGUUCCUCUUUGCUGUCGAAUACCCGUGCCAUAACGGCGGCCCACUGCUGGCGCGACACCUUCAACCAAGCCCGCCAGUUCACCGUGGUGCUAGGAUCCCUCACAUUGUUCACGGGGGGAACUCGAGUGGUCACUAGCUCCGUCGUCCUCCACGCCGGCUACAAUCCUAACACCUUACACAACGACGUCGCUAUUAUCAAUUUAAAUUGGGUCACUUAUACUAAUUUCAUCCAGCCCGCUAGUCUGCCAACCGCUUUUGUGAAUAACAAUCUCGCUGGAUACAGAGCCUGGGCCGCGGGUUUCGGCCGCUAUGGAGAUAAUCUAGGGAUCGGUAAUAACCAGGUGAUGAGACACGUGCACCUGACAGUGAUCACGAACGCGGCGUGCGCGCAAGUGUACGGUUCCACAGUCCAGGCCAACACGAUCUGCACCAGCGGUAACGGAGGUGUUGGCAUCUGCGGCGGCGACUCUGGUGGCCCUCUCUGGUUCUGGUGGAACAACCAGAGGAUCUUGGUGGGUGUGACUUCUUUUGAACAUAUCAGCGGUUGCCAACGUGGGUUCCCUGGCGGGUUCGCUCGUGUCAGCUCCUUUAUCGCCUGGAUACAAGCACUUCUUUAAUUAUAAAUUACUACUUUGCGCCCGUAGGAAAUUCCAGAAUAAAAGCCUAUAAUAUUCCUAAACGUCUACCAAAUUUCAUUAAAAUCAGUUCAGAAGA